ACACCUGCGUGACGCUUUGGUACAGUUGUCUACUUUUUCCCCCCGAUCCGAUCAAUAAACCCUAAAAGCUCUUUGCAAUCGAUUUUAAUGUUCAAUUUCGAUUCUUAGACAGAGAUCGGCGUAGUUUCGUAGUAAAUAAAAAGGAGAAAUAGAUGAUGCAGAGACGGAGUCCACCGAAGCACAGGCACGAUGGGACUUCGCCACUGCCUCUCGGGAUGGAUUGGAGUCCGCCCCCUCGUAAAUGGAAUGGGAGAGAAACUGUUUGGCCACAUGAUCCUCGAACUGGAUGGAGUUACUGUGUUACAAUACCUUCGUGGGUUGUCCUUCCAAAAUCAAGAGAUUCAGAUCCUGUAGUGUUUUACAGGGUACAUGUGGGGGUACAAUCACCAGAUGGUAUUACAACUACACGUGGAGUAUUGAGAAGAUUUAAUGAUUUUUUGAAGCUAUUCAAUGAACUCAAAAAGGCAUAUCCCAAGAAAAGUCUUCCCCCUUCUCCACCCAAGGGGCUGUUGCGUUUGAAAAGUAGGGCUUUGUUGGAAGAGAGAAGGUGUUCAUUGGAGGAGUGGAUGACAAAGCUAUUGUCUGACAUUGACAUGUCAAGAAGUGUCUCAGUGGCAUCCUUUCUUGAACUAGAAGCUGCUGCGAGGUCUUCAUUCCAAGAAUUAAACGAAUGCUCAUCAGAAGCUAAUAUUGCUGGAAAUAGCACAAUUUCUUCAAAAGUUCCUUCCAGUUCAAGUAUAUCUCAUUUUGCUGGUGGUUCGUCAAUCACAUCAGAUUAUGGUAGUGAUACUGCUUAUGAGACAUCUGAGCUUGGGACACCUAGGUUGGGGAGAGAUGACAGUUCUGAAAUUGGUUCAGGAGAUCUGACACUGGAUGAAGAUUUAACAGGUUCAAUAGAAAAACUUGUGAAGUAUGGUAUGUCGAAUAUUGAUGAGGGACUAUUCAUGGGACAGGCAAUUUUGGAGCAGCUAGAAGAUUUUCCUAGGCAUAGAACAUUGGCCAUAAACAUGAAUAGUACUUCAGAGAAAGAUAUUUAUAAUGGAAACGGGUCCAGAGCUUCAUUUACUACCGGUAAUGGAUUGGAACUCUUUUCUGAGCUAGAGCCGGCUAAAGUGGCUGGUCAUGCUCGGAAGUUAUCAACUGAAAGUUUUGGAAGUGAUGUAAGUUUUCUGAGAGGUAGUGAUAUGUCCAUUUCUGGGAUUCCAAAUUCAUCUGUUAAUGGCUUUGUUGACCUUCCUGGAACUUCUGAAGUAUUAUAUACAAGGGGAAGUCUUGGAAACUCAGAUCCUCAGUCUUCUGGAGAUACAAAAAUUGUUCUUCCAUUGGAUCAGCGUCAUAAGAUGAAUAGGGUUCUUUUAACCAUGCAGCGGAAACUAGCCACUGCAAAAACUGACAUGGAGGAUCUAGUAGCCAGAUUAAAUCAAGAAAUAGCAGUGAAAGGCUAUCUUACCACAAAGGUUAAGGAUUUGGAAGUGGAACUUGAAAGCACCAAACAAAAAAGUAAAGAAAACCUGCAGCAAGCUAUCCUGAUUGAGAGAGAAAGGUUUACGCAAAUGCAGUGGGAGAUGGAAGAACUUCGGCAGAAAUCAUUGGAAAUGGAGUUGAAGUUGAAUCCUAAUCAGGUAAUGUAUUUAACUAAUCAACUCCUUUUUAUUCUUAAAAUUUAUUUUUCUUUGUUACUGCCAUAUGGUGCAGUGUGCACGUGCAUGAUAUGGAUGAUUUCCGCAGAUUUUUCUCAAUUUAAGGAUGAGAAGCAAAUAACAGAGACAACCAACCAAUUGGCUGCUGAGGAGAAAGAUGCAAUGCUGCAAGAGUUAAAUGCUACUAAGGAACAGCUGAACAGUAUAUCAAAGCGAUAUGAAGAGCUAGAGCUUAAAUCAAAAGCAGAUAUUAAAGUUCUGGUUAAAGAGGUUAAGUCUCUCAGGAAAUCCCAAAAGGAACUGAAGCAGGAGGUUGGUCAGUCACUAUCAGAAAAAGCUGAAGCUGAGGUACAACUAGUACAGGAAAGACAAAUAAUUAAGCAUGUAAGAAAUGCUAGAGAAAAGCUGCUCAACAAGUGCCGGCUUCUUCACAACCGGCUUCUUGAAUGCAGUGUGAAUUUGUCUACAGAUGAUGAAAAUUUAAUCAAAGAUUCUUCCUUUGUUCAAGAAGCACUGGAUUUGUUGACUACAUCUGAUAAUAAAAUCAUUCUCCUACUUGACGAGGUGCAACUAUUAGCCAAGGAAGAAGGCAGUGCCACUGGCAAUGAUGAUAUCCAAUUGAACAACCACUACGAUAGUAGAACAGAUGAUGAGCUAAGGAAGAUCAUAGCAGGCAUUUUCACCGAGAAUGCUAACUUAAAAAAACAGGUAAAUUCUCAUCUACGGCAUAAACUGAAAUGUGAUAAUCAUGUCAAAGAAUAAUGAUAAGGAAUUAACCAAGUCUUGAGAAAAUAUGCAAUGGGGUUUGAAUAUUGUAGUUAUUUUUCUAUCAUUUAGAUUAUGAUAAGGUAACCCCCACAAUCUCCAUUAUAGUCCCACAGAAAUUAAUUACAUUGUGAAUUUUGGGGUUCCAUGUAUACCGGUAAUGCAGAGAAGAUGCCCUUUUAUAACACUGCUGUAUUCUAUAUAAUAUCUUUUGAAUAACUGUGGAGAAAAAUGAAAGCAAAAGCAUCCAAGUUUGAUGUGUUUCCUGUUU